CGGCUGCUGGGGCUGUGCCGGUGCCCGGAGCUGCCUCAGGAUCGGGGUAUUUAAAGCCGCCGGGUUGCAGAAGCCAGACUCGCCGGAGCGAGCAGAGCGCGCAAGACUGGGAGGCGGGGGCACACACAGGCGCACACACAUAUUACACACUCACACACACACACACAGAGUCUCUCCCUCUCUCUCUUUCUCUCUCCCUCUCUCCCUCCCUGGCCGCGGCGGAGGAGUGGUUGCAGCAGCGGCGGCGGCGGCGAUAGUGGUGGUGACUGGGGCUGCUCGGAGCCUCAGGCAGGGGAAGGAGCCGGAGCUGGAGCCGGCGCUGCGCUGAGCCAGGCGGCUCUCCUCGGCAUGCAGCGCCUCGGAGCUGCCGGCUCCCCGCAGCCGGCGCGGGCUGCGGCACAGGCAGAGGCGGCUGCGCCCCGCUCUGGCUGAGACUGAGGCGGUGCCAGCGGCAGCAGCGUUCCCUGCGCCCCGAUCUGAAAUAGGAGACGAAAAAGAAAGGAACUUCAACCUCCCAAGUUUCGCAGGAACUGAAUCAGCGAAAUAAUGGCCCCCUAUACCCUUCUCCUCGGCUUAUUCACUGUGACUGUCCUCUCUCUGCUGGACAGCAGCUCAGCCUUCCUGUCAAGCCAGCGCCUCAAAGGGAGGUUCCAGAGGGACCGGAGAAAUAUCCGUCCAAACAUCAUCCUUGUCCUGACAGAUGACCAGGAUGUAGAGCUUGGUUCAAUGCAAGUGAUGAACAAGACUCGGAGGAUCAUGGAGCAGGGAGGGGCUCACUUCAUCAAUGCCUUCGUGACCACACCUAUGUGCUGCCCUUCCCGGUCCUCCAUCCUCACAGGAAAAUAUGCCCACAACCACAACACCUAUACCAACAAUGAGAAUUGCUCUUCACCUUCCUGGCAAGCCCAGCAUGAGAUCCGUACCUUUGCUGUGUACCUCAACAAUACUGGCUACCGGACAGCUUUCUUUGGAAAGUACCUUAAUGAAUACAACGGCUCCUACGUGCCACCCGGCUGGAAGGAAUGGGUUGGACUCCUGAAGAAUUCCCGAUUUUAUAACUACACACUCUGUAGAAAUGGGGUGAAGGAGAAGCAUGGAUUCGACUACUCGAAGGAUUACCUCACGGAUCUGAUCACCAAUGACAGCGUGAGCUUCUUUCGGACCUCCAAGAAGAUGUAUCCACACAGGCCGGUCCUGAUGGUCAUCAGCCAUGCUGCUCCCCAUGGCCCCGAGGACUCCGCUCCCCAGUACUCACAGCUCUUCCCCAACGCCUCCCAGCACAUCACUCCCAGCUACAACUACGCGCCGAACCCCGACAAGCACUGGAUCAUGCGGUACACGGGCCCGAUGAAGCCCAUCCACAUGGAAUUCACCAACAUGCUGCAGAGGAAGCGCCUGCAGACCCUCAUGUCUGUGGAUGACUCCAUGGAGACGGACUGGUGCCCUGUCGACAGAGCCACCUGGCUUAGAUUCCACGUGAGAGAAGAAAAGCCCACGGGGACAGAAGCCCAGACGGCCUUAUUCAUGGAGUCCAGCACAGCUUCUGAGUUACCUGAACACUGUUUUAAUUUAAUAACCAGCCAGGCCAAGUUUGGAGAAUUCAGGCCCCGUAUCUUACAGAAGUGGCAGUGUGUGGAAGAUGCUUCUGGAAAACUGAAGCUUCACAAGUGCAAAGGACCCCUGAGGCUGGGGACCAGCGGGGGCAGCAGCAUCAAAGGCUUCUCCAACCUCAUGCCCAAAUACUAUAAGGGCAGCACCGAGGGCUGCACCUGUGAGGAUAACGAGUACAAACUCAGCCCAGUGGGGCGAAGGAAAAAACUCUUCUCCAAGAAAAAAUACAAGGCCAGCUACAUCCGCAACCGCUCCAUCCGCUCCGUGUCCAUCGAGCUGGACGGGGCGCUCUACAGCAUGGGCCUGGAGGCCGGCCUCCUGCCUCGGAACCUCACCAAGCGGCACCGGCCGGCGGCUGGAGGGGCCCCGGAGGACCAGGAGGACAAAGAUGGCGGCAGCGAGUUCAGCGGCACCGGGGACCUUCAGGAGUACGUGGCCCCCAACCUCAUCAAAGUCACCCACAGAUGCUACAUCCUGGAAAACGACACCGUCCAAUGUGACCUGGACCUGUACAAGUCCCUGCAGGCCUGGAAAGACCAUAAACUGCACAUCGACCAUGAGAUUGAAACACUCCAAAACAAGAUUAAGAACCUUCGGGAAGUCCGAGGUCAUCUGAAGAAGAAGAGGCCUGAAGAAUGUGACUGCAGUAAAAUGAGCUACCAGGCUAAACACAAGGGCAGAGUCAAGCACAAAAAUUCUAUGCUGCAUCCUUUCAAGAAAGCCAUGCAGGAGAAAGACAAGGUGUGGUUGCUGAGAGAACAGAAAAGAAAGAAGAAGCUGCGCAAGCUGCUGAAGAGGCUCAAGAACAACGAUACGUGCAGCAUGCCUGGCCUCACCUGCUUCACCCAUGACAACCAGCACUGGCAGACGGCUCCCCUGUGGACGCUGGGGCCUUUCUGUGCCUGUACUAGUGCGAACAACAACACAUACUGGUGUAUGAGGACAAUCAAUGAGACACACAACUUCCUGUUCUGUGAAUUUGCUACCGGCUUCCUGGAAUAUUUUGAUCUCAACACAGAUCCUUAUCAGCUGAUUAAUGCAGUGAACACACUAGAUCGAGAUGUUCUCAAUCAAUUACACGUCCAGCUUAUGGAGCUCCGGAGCUGCAAGGGAUACAAACAGUGCAACCCUAGAACUCGCAACAUGGACCUGGGCCUUAAAGAUGGGGGAAGCUAUGAGCAAUACAGGCAAUUUCAGCGUCGAAAAUGGCCUGACAUGAAGAGACCUUCUAAGUCACUAGGACAGCUGUGGGAAGGAUGGGAGGGCUAAGCUCCAAAAGCUGGCUCUCAGAGAAGAAAGAUGUCCACUGGUCAGAAAGCCAGACUUUUUACAGAUACUGUGUAUGAUUUCAAUAAGACUUCCACUGUUGUACUGGAGCAACUUUGGGGCUGAGGUAGGUAGAAUAUGCCACUGUUAACAUGCUAUCAAGAGAUCUAGUGGAUUCUAGAGGACAUCCAAAAAGAACAGGAAUCCUGUUAGAACUCCACUGGCACACCUGCUUUUGCUUUGGACUAUAUAUAUACCUCACCGGCUGCACAAAAAGCAUUUUUAUUCCAAGAAGUCACCACUAACACUGAGUCGCUAAAGGGAAAAAGAACCUAGAAGUGUCAUAUGGUAUCCUCCAUUGGAAACUCCCCUAAGGGCAAAUCCACAAGAAUUUUUUUAAACUACAGUGAAACCCCAUUUCAAACACCCUUUACUUCAUAAAGCAUAUUAACAGUCAGAGAAGGAAGGCUCUAUCUAUCAAGUCAAGUGAAACAGGAACACUGCACCUAGAAAAAUGGACAUUUUUUUUCUUUUUACCUAAAGUCAUAAUAAGCACUAAGUAGAAGACGACCAGUAUAAAGAUGUCACAAGAGACGCAAGAACGUUGGGUCAAAAGUGGACACAUGCCACUUUUCUCGUUUCCUCUGAGGAGACUGUUUUAGUUCACUGUAUAUAUGUAUGGCCAACCUAUUACACAUCAGUUACCAAUUUCAAAAUGGGCAGUGUAAAUAAAUAUUCAAUAAUGUUCAAGUCAAAAGGAAAUUCCUUAAAAGUUGUGAAGAUUCUUGUCAAUAAAUUGUGGAAUGCCCAGAUACCAUUUCUUUAAAUGUUGCCUUGUUACCAUAUGAUUCCAGGAUUGACCAUUUUUAAAGCACUGCAAAGAAAAAGCAGUUAAUGUAUAUCCUGAGUUUUAAUGAAAUCCUAUUUGUACAGAAA